AAAGAGGCAUCUCCGCUGCGUGCCCCGGGGUCCGCAGGGAUUCCCCCUCGACACCACGGGAGUCAGGGAGCGACGGAGGAAUGAAGACUCCUCAGGCAAAAACAGCAAUACAGACGGACUCUCCAAGGCAGGCGACAGCUCCACCUCUCACCGAGCCCCCAGCAACCGCGGCAGCGGCAGCGGCGACGGCGGCGGCGGCAACAGCGAAGGCGCAGACAAGGCCCCCCGCGAGGAGCCUGUCGGGAACUGAGACGGCCUCGGCGCUGCCUGCUCAAAACCUGCCCGGCACCUGCCCCGCCAAAACAGGGCCCACUAAAGCGCCCUCUCUGCCUGACUCCCCUUCUGACUGGUCAUACCGGAGGGUGGGAGUAAUGCCUGCGUUUUCUGCUUUGACUUUGGCCAGGGGUCUCCGGAGGACGAGGUCCUCCAGGCGCGCCGAAGCCGACUACCGAGCCCCGGAGUGAAUCAGAGACUAAGAAAAAGGGUCGCGUGAGCGUUGAAUGAGACCCGGUGCUCGCCCCUCGGUCGGUCGCCUGUCAGAAUUUUAUAGUCUCUGUUGAGAGGGGAUGGAAACUCCUUUAUUGGGGGUCAUCUAAGUUAAAAAGCCGUGGGUUCAGUUGUUGCCUGGGAUGACAGGAAACUUGUUUGGAUGAAGUCAUGUGAGCCGAACCGAUUGGCCCGAAUCCUUAAAGCGGGGAGUGUCAGGGCGCGCGGCUCCCUCGGAGAGGCUGAGGUAACGCUGGCACCUUCCCGAGAGUCCCUGAACGCCUCUGGCUUCUGAAUCUCUGUCGAAAGCACUUCUAGCUGGGCGUUGGCACUACUGACUAACUGUGCAGUCACUAAGCAGUUGCGAUGUUUGGAAAAUUAAGUUUCACACCCCAAGAAUGCCAACGAGAGCCCCCGCCCCCGCAAGACCGAGCAAAAACACCAAAACAAGACUGCAAAUGGAGCUAGAAACUGAUGAGGGAUUCCUAACCACUUAGAAUGUUCACUUAGUGAUUUUAUGUGUAAAUACCUAACAAAUUGUGCCUACGUCAUGUGGCAUUUUUAAGGAGCACCUCGAGGUUCUGUGUCCCACUUGGAACAAAGUAACAGCACCUUGCACAUAAACUGGAAUCCUCUUCCCUCUAACAUCCAGACACUACGCUGCACUGCAGUCAACGAUGCCUCUAGAACGCUGGCUCCGGGGGAAUCCGC